AUGCUGGAGGCAAGUAUACAAGCGGAAAAUUCGUCCAAAAAGAGUGCUGUUGCUGGCUCUGGAGGUGGUAAUCCAGUCGAUGAAGAUUGGUCAGUUAUUUCGUCCUCUUCGGAUUUUGAUGACGAGAGAUCAACAACGAGCUCUAGCGGCCAAUAUUUUGUUAUCAACAAAAAUGACGAAAAUACCCAGAAUGUGGUUAGUGGCGGUGGUGAUGACGCUGGUAGAUCCGUUCUCAAGGUACCCAAGUUAUACACUGAAAGUUAUAUUGAGAACAGACAGGGGGAAGGCCAAUUCCUAAGCUAUGAUUCGCACAGUGAUUCUCGCUCACCUGUGCUUUCUGGUCCAAGUUCAGACCUUGGCUCAGGUCCCGGUUCUGUUAUAAGUGAUGAAAUGAGCAGAUCAAUCAGUAUUGGAACAAAGAUUAGGUUUUUUGAGAAUUUGAAUCUGUUUAACGAGUCAAUUAAACAAAAGUCAAGUGAUAUUUACUCUAAUUAUGCAAAAGCCAAACUUGACCAAUUGAAUAAGUAUAUUAAUGACCAGAAUGCGUUGAAUGAAGAGGAGAAGGACGACGACGACGACGAGGAGGAGGAGGAGGAGGAGGAGGAGGAGGAGGAGGAGAGGGAGGAAUCAGAUUUGGAUAAUACAAUUGAGUUGAGCAAGGAAAACAAAAAUCAAACUCUAAAUCUGCCACAGCCUGAACUAGUCGCUACUGCUGCUAUCUCGCCAAAUAGGAAAUCCAAAAGGCCAAAGAAAGCAAAAGUAGAAAAGGUAAACCGUUGUUGCUUUAAGAAAAUACUGGAGUUUAUGGAUACACACUCAGAAUACAUAAUCUACUACCUAAUAGCAGCGUUUUUUGGUAUAAUAAUACCCAUUGUAUACCUAUCUUAUUCAAAUUUACAAUUAUCGUUACCAUUUCAUUUAUCACCUCCUCCACCGCCAAAGACCCUUACCACGUAUGACAAAUUAAACAAUUUCUGGAAUAGCAUGAUAUACGAAGAAAAGAUAACAACUAACAAAAGAAGAAGUUUUCUUUUGUUUGGACAUGAAAAAGUAAAAGUCAAUAAGUUUAAGGAAUAUGGAAGCCAGGUGCAGAAGUCGUUUGUGUCUUUAUUUCAUAAGUUUGACAGUGCUGAAUUGAUAGAUUCAGUUGCUAUCGAAUUGAAAAAUGCCUUGUUUUUCACCAAUGCAAAAGUCAACAUCAUAAUGCACAAUCUCAAACGCAAUGUUUUCUCUAGACUAGAUGCACACGAAUCAGUAAAACAUUUUCUGAUAAUAGGCAAGGGGGUAUACAAAUCUGGCAAGGCCACUCUUAAAAGAGUGCUUUCUGAAGGAGAGGUUUUCCAGGAAAAAGUUGCAAAAUCUCUUAAACAAGGCUUUCAACUUUCCAAACAAUUUCUCUGCAAGAGUGCAGUUGGAGCUAACGAAAUAAUGGAUAGAUCAUCUAUGUUGUUAAAAAAAUGCACAUUCCCGGGAUUAUUCCAGAAAAAAACAAUCUCGGGAAACAGAAUCAUUAGAACAGCUAGAUCAGUAUCUACACUAUUUCAUGAGAGUUUAUCAAAGGUAAAAUCCGAAUUGCAAUCUCAGUCGAUAUAUGUUAUACAAGAUGUCCAUCGAAUUUAG